AUGGGAGAACUGAAUGUGCGACACAAAGACUUGAAUAAAGUUAGAGUUAAGAUUCAUCGGUUAAAGAAGACAUCGCCCCUGUUAGUUGGCGCACUCGACCGCGUUUUGGGAAAGACGCCAAUAAAAGAACUCAUCCCGGCAAAAAUCGAGGAACUACCAUUUGGAGCUGUGCCGCUAACUGAAUAUCAUCACAACCAGUUUAAGAACGAUGCUGGACAAGUGCACUGUGAGGAACUUGCAGAUGAAACAGAAGAGCAUCAAGCGACUGACGAGUCAAUGGAAACGGAAGUAAGUAACGAUAAUACCAGUGGCCUCAUAAAUUAUAAUCCAUCUCUAUCUUCCAAACUCGAUGACCAAGAAGCCAUUCACAAUGACUCUCGUUAUAAUGACGAACAAAAUUUGGAAGAAAAUAAAAAGUAUACCGAAAUUAAUGAAGAAGUCAACACUCAGAAUGAAGAAAACAGUAUCAAGCACAUCUCAGACACAACGAAAGAUAAAGACGCGGACAGGAGCGAAUUGAGGACCAGUCCCCGUCAGAAUUGCGGUAGUCGUACAAAUUUUAUCCCAUUUGCUUCAGGCUGCACAGAAGAAAACAUAGAAAAAAAUCUUGCCAAUGACAACCUCAACGAAUCCGAGAAACCGAGCCUCGUGACAACUGUCGUCAAACUCUUGGACUUGGCUUCCGACUUAACAGAAGAAAACAUAGAAAAAAAUCGUGCCAAUCAAAACCUCAACGAAUCCCAGACACCGAGCAUCACGACAACUGUCGUGAAACUCUUAGACUUGGCUUCCGACUUAGUUAAUAACGUAAAAGAUUUCAACAUUUUUGGAGCCGUAGAAAAUGUGGUAGCGCUUAAAGAUGUAGGCCUAGAUCUCUUUCCUGGUACUAACAGUAAUACUGAUGCCUAUUCAAAUGACGAUGUCAAUUUGCAAAACAGUAACCCCCCUGAGUCAAACGGGGAUGGCUUCACGGGAGUGUUUAAUAGUUCUAUGUUCGUCCCUAAAGAAGAUUGGAAAUGUGAGGAAGUAUCGAGUGAAGAUGAAUGCUUUAUUGACGCGUCGCAAAGCGACGUUGAAAAUUCUUUCGCUUCACAGAUGGAGCUCGAACAUAGCUAUGAGAUGGACGACAGAAAUGGUGCUCGGUCAAUGACCAAUGAAAAUUACAAUGAUGACAGAAGCACGCGAUCCGACAAAUGUAGCGGUGCACUUGGAGGUUAUGACGAUUACGAAGAGGACACCGUACAGAGAACGGAAAGCAACAAAAAUGAAGGUGCAUUUCCGAAAUCUCAUAAACAAUCUGGUCCAAGUAACGUUUACAAACAAGAAGGAACUCCCAAAAAUAGCGAAUGUGAAAAGGAAUGCCUUGAUUUUCUGGAUCAGAAAUGUUACGAAAAUUAUCAAAGGCCAAUACGAAUCGACUACAUUCUGGAAGAGAACGAAAAAUUUGUCAAUGUUUUUGAAAGUGGUUCUGAGGAGCACUCGCGUCUACUGCGUUCGUUAAAAGAACAAGAACCGCAAUGUCAGAUUAAAUUUGAAACAUUUAGGAAAAAGCAAUUGCAGUUCUUACAAAACAUAGCCAGAUGUCCGAGCUACUCUUUCUUCAUGAAGUGCAAAAACUGUCCAUUGUCCAAGAAAUGCAUCAGUUUUGAAACUAUUCAAGAAACUGACAAACAGGUAGCCACUUUUGUUUUAUUUGAGAUACACGCCAGUACUAUACCGCAUCCUAUAAGCGAAAGGAAAGUAAAAGAGAUGAAGCGUAUAGUCAUCGCGAAGACUGCCUGCCGAGAAGGCACAUCAACUGCAUAUUUAGAGCAAUUUGAAAAUCGCAUCCCAACUAAAAUAUUAAAGUUGCCGAACGUUCAGAAAAUAAAAGAACGUUACAAACGAAAAUAUAUCAUGGAUCCAGACCAGAAAAGCGAUCUUCAAAAAACGAAAGACGAUCUGUCUAAUAGUGACGCGGACAGCAAGGUUUUGAAAGGUUUUGUACGACGUUUCGAAACUGAGGAUGACAAUAACACUAUCAUUCUACAAGAAACUGAAAGUGACACAGACUUUAGCGUCGCCUACGAUCUGGAUCUUCCCGGGAAAACUUUACGCGCGACUACCGAGAUGGUUGUCCGAGAAAAAGAAAAAGUUCUUAGAAGAGAAGAGGAGAAGAUCGCAAUUGAAAUUGAGGGACAUUCUACAGAAGAAGCAGAGGUGGAGAUCUCUACAAUUACAUGCGCAGAAGACCUUGCAAACAACCCUGAUAUCGUUUUUUAUGGCGAAACUUCUGAAAAAGCGUUGAAUUCCAGAGGUGAAGAACAAUCCUUCGAAGAAACAUCAAAUCCUGUGCUAAUAUCAAGCAAUACCGAAAGGGGUGUUUGCAAUAAAAAUUCUUCAACUCUGACGAAGAAGCAAAAUAAUAAGGCCAAGGGACCACUAUUACGACGCCUAAAAUUUGAAGUUAAAAAAUUAACUAAAACAUCAAAGAAAUCGUCAGUCUCAGACGAUAUGAACGCCCCUUCAAACACAGAGAAGGAAAUGAAGCCUGACCAACAAUUUGAAGAAGAGAAGCAGUCCACAGAAGAAGAAAAUUUAUCUCAUCACAUAGGCCCAUACGUUCCUGAUGAUCACGAUUUCAAAAGUCUGGAACCCAGGUCGUGGAUCAACGAUAACAUCGUUGAUGCGUUCAUUUGCUCACGAGUGUCGCUCUUUCAAGAAAAUGCGUCUUCAGAACAAGCCAGCAUGUUUCAUAUGGACACUAAAAUUGUAGAAAGCCUGAAGAAACAUGGCAUCACUGACCGAAUCUUAGCCUACGGCCUUAGAGAAAAACUUUUAGAAAAAGAC